GUUACAGGCUGCGGGUGAGCAUUGUUCUGAGAACAAUCGAUUCAGUUAGUGUUUAGUUCCUGUCCUUUCUUUGCGGAUUAAAGCUGUUGCUUUGGACGAGACCGGUCUAUUUGCUUCUUCAUCUCGCAGCCGCUGACGUUGACAAUUUGCGAACCUCAGGUCAGUCUAUUACAAAAUGCCACAAUACACAUUGCACUACUUUAAUGUCAGGGGACUUGGAGAGCUGAUCCGCCUCAUCUUUGUGCAAGCUGGGCAGGAGUUCACAGAUCACAGGUUUGAAAUAAAUGAGUGGGCUGAAGAAAAAAAGAAUAAUGCAUCUCGUUAUCCAUUUGGAUGUGCACCAUCUCUUGAGAUCGAUGGUAAAGUCUUGCCAGAGUCAAUGGCCAUUGCAGGAUAUGUUGCUGGAGAGCUUGGUUUGGCAGGUAAGGAUAAUUUUGAGAAGGCUUGGUGUGAUGCCGUUGUUGGCGUCCUCAAGGAUGUCAAAAAGGAAUGUCAGCCAUUUAACCCUUUCUACAGAACGGAAACAGACGAUGCAAAAUUGGAGCAACUCAAAACUGAAGCAUUCGCAGGGAAAAUUGCAAACAAGCUUGCAGCUUUGGAAAGCACGUUGAAAUCAAAUAACAAUGGAGCUGGAUUCUUGGUUGGAGAUCAGGUAACGUUGGCAGAUUUGUCCUUUCUGGACACUGCAUGCAUCAUGCUCGAGAUGAAACCAGGAUGUCUUGAUGCAACACCAUUGCUUAAGGCACUGUAUGAUCGGCUGAAUGCUCUACCAAACAUUAAGAAGUACAUAGAAACCCGUCCGAAGACUACCCUGUAGAUGCCUUUCAAAUCAAGACUGAACUGUAUCAAUAGAUAUCGAGGAUAUAUUUCUAAUACCCUGUCUUGUUCGUAGGUUAGACUUUUGCUGUGAUUUCAUUAUUAGAUACCGUAGAUCAAA